GGUGGGGGGGGGAUGGAGGGAGAAGCAGAAAGAGAAGAGAACGGCAUGACGGAAAGAAAGACUUCUCUGCUCUAUUCUUAUUCUUUCACCAAUUUUCUUGGAUUUUGGCAGUUUCAUAUAACUUUGGCGAUCAUUCCGAAUUUGAUCAAGUGACACCAGUGGGGAAAGUGCUUUAACAAGGGCUGUAUGUGAUUGGCAGGCAGGGUGAUUGCCAGCUGUUGGAUUUGAGAUCUGAAUUCCACCAGGUGGCCAAGGCAGAAUGGCUGUGGAGAAUUUUACUGAACUGAUACAUAAACUGAAAGAGGUCCAUGAGCAGGAACUAGAAGGUUUGCAGCAGAAGGUGCUUGAGCUGACCAAUAAGAAAAACUGUGAUGCAAAGAGACUUGAGGAGCUGUAUAACAGGAACCAGCAACUGAGAGAACAACACAAGAUGCUGACAGAAAACAUAAAACAGCUAGAAAACAUGUUACGAGCUGGGUUGUGUGACAGGUGUACAGUCACUCAGGAGAUGGCUAAGAAAAGACAGCAGGAGUAUGAAACCUCCCAACUUCAGAGUUUGCAGCACAUAUCCAUCUUAAUGGGUGAGAUCAAUGCGUUGGUGAAAGAGAAUGAAAAAUUGAAAGAGGAGGUGAAGAGUUUACGAAAUCGAGUAGAGCAACAGAAUGGUCACCAAGACAGAGCAGGGACUCCUGAAGUUAAGCAUUCUCCUGACCCUACAGCCACUUCCCUGUCUAUGGCUACCUCCAUUCUGAAGAAUGAUCAACCAGCACCAGGGGGCGCCACUAAACCGACAGCCAUUGUGAAGCAUGAAAGUGAGUCCAGGCAAAGUAAAGAUACUCCAGAUGAAAGACAGGAGAUGUCAGAUAAAGAGUCAGAGCACAGACGGUUACAAGGGUGGAGUUUAACACAUCUAUUUGACUCAAGUAGGCAGCCAACGUUUCCAGCAAACCAAGCAGCAUGGAAAGAGAGAAGAGCAGUUAGCAUGGACUCUACGGAGGUUCGUCCAUCACCCACCUCACCUUCCUUCACUCCUCACCUCCGCCUUCUGAAGAACAACCACCUGUUCUCCACGAGGCACUCUGAAGACCGUCCUUCUGUUGUGUCUAUCCCUUUGCGGCCCCAUCCAAUUAAAACUACCCCAUCCAACCUUCCCUGGCCACUGCCUGAACGAUCAGACUGGGUGUCAGUAGCAAACACUGGCACCAGUGGUGGCAUGGCGGUUAGUCCAAACCUGAAACAUGACUCUAGCUCUCCCAUUCUUCGCUUUUCAAGCCUGGCUCCACCAGGCCUUGAGUCCCACCUACAAUCUCGAAGCCCUGUUCACCCACGACCCAUCUACCCAUGCCCAAGAAACCUGUUAGAACUGACAAAUGCCAAAGACAAGAAAACACCAACGAGCUCCGGGACGAGCUCAGAGCAUGAGAGGAUCUUUGGUGAAAAUCUACGAGAAGGAGAUGAAGAGGCACCUUUGGACCUGUCCAGUGUCUCUGGCCCCAAAAUCAAACAAACAGAGAUGGACUUGGCAUCAUCUUCAUCUUCGUCUCCUCCGGCUCCAUUCUCCUCACCAUCUUCAGCUCAGUAUGGCUCUAGUCCUCAGAGUGAUCCACAAACAGGGGAUACAAAACCUCAGAGAGAAGAGACAGAAGGACGACAAAAGGAAGUAGGAGAUGAGGGAAGUGAGAAGAAUGAGAAUGUAGACUCAGAAAAACUGAAAGUUCCCACUUUGACCAUUUCACUUCGCCCAGUCGUGGUCCUAGAGUCAUUAAAAUCAACAGGACAGAAAGUGCAAGACAUGGAGGAAGACAGCAGGAAGGACCCGGAUGAAAAAGAAGACAGUAAACAGGGAACAGUGAGGAAGAGACCAGGCCAGAGUCCUGAAGUCUAUCCACGGCGCCUACCAAAAGAAAAGAAAAUGAGGACAACAACACUGCUGCCACAAGGGACCAACCUUGGAGACUCGGAGCAAGGCUGAAAUCAAAGUCAUGUACAAUUGUACCGCAGUUUUCUUACGGCAUACAAAAAGUGCAUGCCAUUCUGUACCCAUGCAUCAAAGAUCUGAUGUUUUUCUGGUGUUCUGAAUUCCUGUACAGAAAAAGAAGCCUACUCUUCGUCAUUGCACUAUAGCAGCAGGCAGGUCAGAAAAUCACACAGGAAAGACAAAUAAAACAUGUCUUAGCACUUGUUUCUCAAUAUUACUCUUGUUUUUUGGAGAUAACACGGCCUGCUACCCAGAUCAGCUACACUUUAUGCACGCCACAUAAGAAAGACUAAUCUUGAGAUUUCUCCAGAUUUCCCUAGGAAAUGAAAGAGGUCUCCACUUCCUGCCCUAAGAGUGUGAACAAAAUUAACUUGUGAGCAGACAUUAUUUCUUAUCUUUGUCACAAAUCAUCACAUCUGUCUGUCCACCAUUUCUUCUCCCCACUUCUCUUCAUACAUGAACCAUUGUAUCAGCUUCCAGUUUCACUUCCUUGAUCAGUUUAAGCCUGAUGUCUUUCAAAGAAGCAAAUUACUGUCAGUCAGACAGGGUAUUUUUUCCGUUUUCUUUUUUUUUUUAAAAGCCUGUCUCUUGCAAAUGUGACGAAAAAACGAAACAUCCUCCCCUUCCCCUUUUUGGUUUUUGCGCUGGCAGAACACAUUUUGUAAGAGUGAAUUUUCCACUCACAGCAGCUGUGGCCAUUUCAAGCAUGUAAAGGGGUGGGGGAAGGUGUAACACUGAUAGCAAAAAGAUGUGUGUUUAUUUUAAUUUAGCCGUGUCACACUCCAUGCAGUUAAUUACAGUCUAAAAUGUUCUUUUGAGUCAGUGAAGGAACACAUGUCUUUAUGUUUUGUAGAAUGAUAUCUGACAGGCUUGACAGAACGUAUUAAAAUGUAUCAGUGCACAUUGAAAUAAAAGGAUAUGAGCUAU